GCAGAUAUUUACAAAGCAGUGGCAAGAUGGCGGAAUCUGAGAACCCUCAGGAGGGGUCUUGCACUUUUCUGUUCAAAAAAUCUAACAGGAAAUUCUCCGGGCGAAAGAGAAAAGCAAGCGAUAGCGACAAAGAUGAAAAGAGUGAUGAGGACCAGACCUCCGUGAUCAGAAAACAAAAGAAAGAAACUCGCAUCAACCCGAUGAUCCAGAGGUCGAAGAAAGUGGAGAGAGAUGCUGUAUCGUCCAGUGAAAGUGAAGAUGAGAAAGAAGAAAAGAAGGUGACUGUUUCCUACAAGUCUACACGAUCAGCGAAACCGGAGGGACCGGAGGACAUGGGUGCAACGGCUACAUAUCAGCUGGACACAGAGAGAGACAAAGAUGCCCAGGCCAUUUUUGAAAGGAGUCAGAAAAUCCAAGAGGAGAUGGUGGGUAAAGAUGAUGAUAAAAUCUAUCGUGGUAUCAACAACUACCAAAAAUUCAUCAAGCCUAAAGACACAACCAUGGGCAAUGCCUCCUCUGGCAUGGUCAGAAAAGGACCAAUCAGAGCCCCUGAACACCUGCGAGCCACAGUCCGGUGGGACUACCAGCCAGAUAUCUGCAAAGACUACAAGGAGACUGGUUUCUGUGGUUUUGGAGACAGCUGCAAGUUUCUUCAUGACAGAUCAGACUACAAACAUGGCUGGCAGAUUGAGAGGGAACUGGAGGAGGGAAGAUAUGGAGCCAAUGAUGAUGAGAACUACGAGGUCAGCAGUGACGAGGAAGAUUUGCCCUUUAAGUGCUUCAUCUGCCGGGAAUCUUUUAAGAAUCCCAUAAUCACAAAGUGCAGGCACUAUUUUUGUGAGGCUUGUGCACUUCAGCAUUACCGCAAGUCUAAACGGUGUUAUGUGUGCGACACUCAAACCCAUGGAGUAUUCAAUCCUGCUAAAGAGUUGAUGGCCAAGCUGGAGAAACAAAAUGCCGCAACAGACCAACCACCAUCCGAUGAGGACGAUUAGCAAAAUCUAAACAUUCCCGCCCUCCUCUUAUGUGUUUGUCUGUGUAAAAUUUGAAUAAAGCAAUUUUUAUAAGGUU